CAGACCUCAAGGUCGACCGUGGUUACAAACUCGUUUGUGUCAGUCUACGGGGGGCGAGUGACGCUCACUUGCUGGUGGACUUUUGGUGGAGGACGGUGGAUUUGGUGGAUAUUUGGUGGAUAUUUGGUGGAUACUUGUGAAUUUUCAUCCAAUGUUACAGGCAUAUUUGGUGGAUCUUCGUGGACUUGGUGGUUUAGAGUCGUCACAGUGUGGAGUUUUGGUGGAUGUUUAGAAAUCAACUUGUCACUGUGGGUGGAUUUUUGUAAAUCCUAGGCAUCAGUAUUUAGUAGAUCUGGGUUAUGAUCUUGAUGAUCUUUGCAGUUUGACUUUUGGUUUACGGUAAUCAAGCAUAUGGUCUGUUUUAAACAGAUGUACGGUAUAUGUUUUUGGGUCACUAUCAUCUAACCCCUGCACACAGCGAGCCAGGAGAAAAAGAUUUCCCGAUUUUGACCAGAAGUCAUGUCUAUCGCAUCCAUCCCAUGUAUGCUGAGGGAAGAGGCUCGCACGAGGAAGCCUAACGAACCAUGUCUGUCACGGUUCAUUGAUCUGGAACUGACAGACUUGAAAAGUCUGGGACUGUGGCGGGGUGCCAUGGCAGAGUUCAUUGGAUGUCUGUUUCUUAACAUGUUCACCAUCAAAUUCGGAAUGGUGGCGGGUGUUACUCAUCUACAGGUGGCGCUAGGCUGUGGUUUCUUCUUCGCCGUCAUCAUCACGGCGUUAUCGACCGUGAGUGGAGGUCACGUUAACCCAGCCGUGUCCAUUGGGUUCCUGGUCACGGGUCAUAUCACAGUAGUCAGGUUUAUUGUGUACACGGUAUUUCAAACCUGCGGAGGUCUUACAGGCGUGGCUCUACUGAAGGUCGUCAUACCCGAGUCUAUGCACGGCAAUCUCGGCAUCAUCAAGAUAGGCAAGGAAUGCACCCUCGGCAUGGCGGUGGGGAGCGAGAUCUACGUCACGUUUUUUCUCAUGUUCGUUGUCAUGGCAAUGAUCGACUCAGGUAGAAAGGACGUCCAGGGUUCGAUUCCCUUCAUGGUUGGUCUGACAGUCACUAUCAACAUCUUCUACGGGGAGACUCUGUCUGGUGGCAUCAUGAAUCCUGUCAGGAACUUUGCACCCGCCCUCAUCAAAGGAGACCUGGAAAAUAUUUGGGUGUACUGGGUAGGUCCAAUGAUCGGCGGGGUCAUCGGGUCGCUGACCUAUGACCUUGUGUUCGCCACUAGCCCCGGGACUUUGUGGAGAAAGUACAGGCGGGGGGCCAUCCAGGACUACGAGCACCCCAAGGGGGAAGAGGCUGAGGGCAAGGUCUACAAGAAGAUGCUCACCAAGAAGAAAGACUACAACUCACACGAGAGCAAUAUAUAAAUAGCCGGAUCUGUAUGACGUCAUUUGUUGACAAAAAACAUUGUUCAUUAGUUCUAGUCGUUUGACUUGUCAGGGGUGACUUCUAGUUUUGAUGUAUUUAUAACUUCUGACCUACAUUAUUGCUCUGACGUAGGGGGUCUCAGGAGUGAGGUGUUGUCAAUAUGAGAUUUCCGGAAAUGACACAAAUUACGGUUGAGACGUAAGACUUAUGACUGUUUAGUUUAGACCAAUAGGUAUAUUUUAUCUGACGGAUUAUUUAAAAUUAUUCCUUUUUGUUAGUCCCAACUUUGACUUGUAGAAGACUAGUCUGAGAUUCUAGUUAUACCAAAGAUAGACUUUGACCAGUUUGACAAAUAAUUACAAGAUUGUAAAAAUAUAAAGAUGAAUUUAACUCUAGUUUUUCAAUGGCUUAUCGUCCAUUGAAGAAUUUUCUCACCACAUUUAACGGGCAGCAGCUUACCCCCUUUAGUAGAGCCACUUCUAAAAUAAAUUUCAUUAAAUUAAUUUAAACUGGAGUUUUUCACCUUCCACCUUUCCCCUAAUUUCAUCAUUAGGUCCUUUUGUUGAAUAUCGCCCCGGCAACUGAGUUUCUUUGUUUAACCCCCCCCCCCCCCUCUCUCCAAUCAUUUCAGUAACUUCUAAACCAAUUGGCCUUUUGUCGUUACAAUUAAUUGCAGUGUUUUUUUCCUAUUUAAAUGUUGUUCAAUACAAUGUGUUGUAUUUUAAUAUUUCUUAUAAAACUGUUUUAAAUAUGUAAAUAGUUAUCUCAUACCAUCAUUUUUGUUAGACAUCAAAAACAUUUUUCUACAUGAGACAUCUGUUACAUCAUAACAUAACUGUUCCAUCAUGAUUACAUCAAUACGAUGAUUUGUCUUGUACCACAGAGAAAACCAAUGAGGUUGUUAAAAAAGUUUGUGUUAUGUACUCUUACUUGUAUGAUACAUUUGUAAACUUUGUGUUGAUUGGAUUAAUAAAACAACA